CCAAAAAAUAAAAAAGUAAAAAAAAUCCACUUCCUUCUUCCUCUCUCUCUUGUCUGAACCUUUUUAUUACUACUUGUCCAAAGAACUCAUUUUGCUCCCUCUCUCUCUCUCUCUCUCUUCUUUCCUCUUUCUCUCUCUAGAAUCAUACUAAGAAAAAAGCAACCAUGUCUUCUCCAAGCAAACGUCGUGAAAUGGAUUUGAUGAAACUGAUGAUGAGUGAUUACAAGGUUGAGAUGAUUAAUGAUGGCAUGCAAGAGUUUUAUGUGCAUUUCCAUGGACCUACUGGAAGUCCUUAUCAUGGUGGUGUGUGGAAAAUAAGGGUGGAACUUCCUGAUGCUUACCCAUACAAAUCUCCAUCUAUUGGUUUUAUUAACAAAAUCUACCACCCAAAUGUUGAUGAGAUGUCUGGCUCAGUUUGUUUAGAUGUUAUCAAUCAGACUUGGAGUCCCAUGUUUGAUCUGGUAAAUGUGUUUGAAGUGUUUCUUCCACAACUUCUCUUGUAUCCAAACCCGUCAGACCCAUUGAAUGGAGAGGCUGCUGCCCUUAUGAUGCGAGACCGGCCAGCAUAUGAACUACGAGUUAAAGAGUAUUGUCAGAAAUAUGCCAAGCCUGAAGAUGUUGGAGCUGCCCCGGAGGAGAAGUCAAGUGAUGAGGAGUUAAGUGAAGCUGAAUAUGAUUCAGCUGAUGAUGCAGUUGCAGGCCCUGUUGAUCCAUGACCCCCCUGCUAGAUUAUCUUCAUUGACUUUCUGUAUCUGUAAAUCAUGUUCUUAGUCCUGUUUAAAAUCAAGUUGAACUAAAACGUUCAAGACUAUUCAUUGGGGGAAAGAUGCAAAACAAAACUCCCCUUGUUUAUUAGUUUAGCUUCAAUGUAAAUAAUUUCACCAUUCA